GAGUAAUUUGCUAUAUAAGAGAGCUCUUGUAUCAUAAAGAGAUCAUCAUAUACAACUUUCACGAAUUGUGAGCACAUAAACACAAAUAGCCUAAGCUCUAUAUUCUAUACUCUGUUUAAUUCCAUGGCAAAAACAACUCACAUAACUAUUGUUUCAAGUCCUGGUUUCACCCACCUGGUCCCAAUUACCGAGUUCAGCAAGCGACUUGAGAAGCAUCACCCAAAUUUUCAUGUAACCUGCAUCGUUCCCUCACUUGGGCCACCCUCGGAGUCCUCCAAAGCCUACCUUGAAACUCUUCCUUCAAACAUACAAACCAUCUUACUUCCUCCCAUUAACAAAGAACAAUUGCCCCAAGGAGUACACCCUGCAAUCCUGAUUCAACUCACUGUUACUCAUUCUCUGCCAGCAAUACAUGAGGUCCUCAAAUCCCGAUUCUCCAAAGACCCUUUAGCUGCUUUGGUGUUAGAUGUUUUUGCGUUUCAGGCCUUGGAGUUUGCAAAGGAGUUCAAUGCCCUGUCCUAUUUUUACUUCCCUAGUUCAGCUUUGGUAUUGUCACUGCUUUUACACGGGCCAAAAAUGGAUGAGGAAGUUUCAGGUGAGUACGCGGACCUAACAGAACCUAUAAAGUUGCCAGGUUGUGUACCAGUCAUGGGGGUUGAUCUUCCGGAUCCUGUCCAAAACCGAUCCAGUGAAAUUUACAAGCAGUUUCUUCAACGUGCCAAAGCAUUCGCUACAGCUGACGGGAUCUUGAUCAACACUUUCAUAGAAAUGGAAUCAAGUGCUAUAAGAGCGUUGGGAGAGUUUGGAGGUGGGAAGGUCAAAUUAUACCCAGUGGGACCCAUUACACAGAAAGGGUCAAGCUAUGAGGCUGAUGAGUCGGGUAAGUGUUUGAGAUGGUUGGACAAGCAACCACCUUGUUCGGUGUUGUACGUUUCAUUUGGAAGUGGUGGAACACUCUCUCAACAACAAAUUAAUGAGCUAGCUUGGGGUUUGGAAUUGAGUUGUCAAAGGUUCUUGUGGGUUUUGAGAGCACCGAGUAAUUUCGCUAGUUCUGCUUAUCUUGAAGUUGCAAAGGAGGACCCUUUGCAAUUCUUACCAAGCGGGUUCUUGGAAAGGACAAAGGAGAAAGGUUUGGUUGUGCCUUUAUGGGCACCUCAGAUUCAGAUCCUUAGUCACAAUUCAGUUGGUGGAUUUCUUACCCAUUGUGGUUGGAACUCGACCUUGGAGAGUGUGCAAGAGGGAGUACCGCUAAUCACAUGGCCACUCUUUGCAGAGCAGAAGAUGAAUGCAGUGUUGUUAACCAAUGGACUUAAAGUGGCAUUGAGGCCAAAGUUGAAUGAGAAUGGCAUAGUUGAGAAGGAGGAAAUUGCAAAGGUGGUAAAGUGUCUCAUGGAUGGGGCAGAAGGCAAAGGAAUGCAUGAAAGAAUGGAAAACUUAAAAGAAUCUGCUGCCAAUGCACUGAAGGAUGGUUCUUCUACACAGACCCUGCUUGAGUUGGCUAGCCAUUGGGAAAGUUUGAGUGGGAUUUAGAAAAAUAGUUUUUCUUGUACAGUUUUACGUCUUGGUCUUGACUUGGAUAUCUACUUGGCUGUGUUUUCUUCAUGGGGUGAAGUGAUCGUUGUGUGAUUUCUGAGUUCUAUUGCAUCUUUUGGCACAUUACAGACA